GCCGCCCACAUGGGGAGCCUGACCGACGGCGCGCUGCCCGCGCUCGCCGAGCCGCACGAGGGCGGCGGCGUGCGCGUGCUCGCGGGCGGCGGCGGCGCGGCGGCCACUUUUGCCCCGCCCGAGCCGGCGGAGGCUGGCGGCGACGGCGCCGUCGCGCCGCUCAUCGCCGCGCCGCUCCCCGCCUCCUCACCCGCGAUGGGCGGGCCGCUGAGCGGGGGGGGCGUCGUGGCUGCGACCACUGCGCCGCUCUCGUUUGGCGGCGAGCCGCUGCAGGUCGCGAGCAUCGACGCGCCGACCGACGACAACCUCUUUGCGGAGCCCGUGCUAACGGAGCCGCUCUCGCUCAACGGAGGAGACUCAACAGGCGAGCCGCUGCAGGUGGCGUCCGUCGUGCCGCUGCCGCCCGGCGCGGGGGGCGGCGACAACUAGUCGGUGGCCCGAUGCCACCGUAGCUGUACGCACAGGCAAACUAGUGGGGACGACCUCAAGGCGACGGUCCCGUGGUCGCCGUCAUGGGUGGGCAUGGCCGCAUGGGUUGAAGCGCGUAUUAGUGCCGGAGGGCUUCAUCAUAUGUGUGUACAAACGCCGUGACGCGUGAGGAUUGGCGAUAGUUGCGUUCUUGUGGUUGAUGAGAAGUGUUU